AUGCCCCCCCAAGAAUCCCUAACAACCCACCUCCCCACCCUCACCCCGCACUCCCUCCACCGCGCAACCACCCACCCCUUCCUCCAACGCGCCGGCCAGGGCACGCUCCCGAAACCCGUGCUGGAGCAAUGGCUCUCCCAAGACCGUCUCUACGCGCAGUCCUACAUCCGCUUCAUCGGCCUGCUUCUCUCGAAGCUCCGGUUUCCGGCCAAACCCCAGUCGGAGACGGAGUCGCAGUCCGCAUCCCUCGAAUCCCGCCUCUCCUCCACCCUCAUCGACGCACUCGUCAACAUCCGUCGCGAGAUCGAGUUCUUCGAGGCCACGGCUGCGGCGUACGGGCUGGAUUUGAGCGCAUCGACAUCUACUACCCCUGCCGGGGAGGAGGAGGGUGGGAAGGAAUUCGGCCCCAACGCCAUCACCCACGCAUAUAUCGAUCUAUUUAUGGCGGCGGGGAGUCCCGGGGCGUCGGUGCUCGAGGGGAUGGUUGUUCUGUGGGCGACGGAGACGUGUUACUUGCGGGCUUGGAGGUUCGCAGCAGGGUUUUUGGAUCAACGGCAGGGGGGAACCCAGGAUACGGAUGGAGGCGCGCUGCGGAAGGAGUUUAUUCCGAAUUGGUCGAGUAGGGAGUUUGAGGGGUUUGUGGAUGGGAUUGGGGAGUUGGUGGAUGUGAUGGCAAGAGGAGGGGUUGCGGAUGGGGAGAAGGGGGAGGUGAUGAGACGGUGUGAGAGGUGGUGGAGGCAGGUGGUUUGGUUGGAGGAGAGGUUUUGGCCGGAUGUCAGUCUAUAA